CAACACGCUGGGCGCAUGAGAAAUCAGAAAAACUCCUUCAUUUUAAAGCUAAUGCCCAGCGACAUACAAUUUUGCAGGGACAGUAACCUUGGGGUUCUCAUCUGUGUCCCUCUGCAGUGGCACUCAAACACAGCACUGUUUCCAGUGCUAUUAUUGAAGCAUGAUCGGCUCUCUCAGAAAUAUGGGAUAGGGUUAUGUGAACAGCAUCAUCUGCAGCCUCACAAUGGAUAACGAGGAGAGCAAGACGUGCCAAGGAGAGAAGCUUGCCUCUGCUGUGGAUGACACUCUGGAUGAAUAUUUAAUCGCCCUCCAGCAAAAAAACAGGAUCCUAAAGCGCCUUAAAGUCAAAGAUCCCAGGGAGAUUGAGUUGGAACAGCUAGAGCAAGGUUUUUCCAUUUAUCUGAACGGAGCCAAUGCUGAAGCCAGUAAGAAACAGCCCAAGAUCUCCAUCCACAAGUCUGUCACCUCCCCAUCUGCGUGGAGGCCUGCACGUACAGCAGACGUCUGUAGAAGUGCCCACCAGUUAACUGAAGAUAGCCGUGAUCCGGAGCAAACGCACAGGAAGAGGAGCCACACUGCCCCAGGAAAGGUCCAGAGGAAAGAAUGGGUGCAGAAUUCUGUCAAAAUUCGAACAGAGGGAGGACCAAGUUUGCAGAUAUCUCCAGAAAAGCGCUACUCUGAGGAUUUUGAGCCCUAUGAAAGCGUAGACAUGGAGAGCUCCAGUCCGCGCUCUCCUCGUAGUCCCUGCUCCCCAAGGGACACACGCAAGGUGUCGCGCUCUUUCAGCUCCAGGCCUGAGAGCCAAGGAGGCCAAGCAAGCCAGGAGCACAGUGAGAAGGUGCUUCUCAACCUUGAGGAAGUGAAGGUUCUGCGUCGGAGCCUGGAGGUUAGCAUGCGGCGGAGCAACCGCGGCUCAGCGGGGGAGGAGUCAGACGAAGAGUGGGUGGAGGAGCAGAUUGAGAGGGAGGAGAGCACUGAGAGUCUGGACGAACUGGGGUUGCCUCUUUCGUCCUCCAAGUCCUCCUCUAACCCUCGGCCCAGCAGCUCCCACAGUCAUUUCGACUCAGCAAACCUCAUUGUCCUAGACUUUGGACCCUCCCCUAAAGGUCGUAAGAUUGAACGUUCUCUGUCUGCAAAAAGGAAAGAAAAUACUGAUAACUUCAUACCCACCAAGCCUAUGUUGGUGAAGAGCAAGACAUUAGAUCGGCCGCCUUCAGUUGAGAGCUGGGACGCUCAUAGGCCAAGAAGUCGCGUGGAUAGGCCCCUGUCAGCGGCCAGAAAGGCUUCCGUUGAGGAGCGAGACACAGAGGAGAUGGCGUGCAGGGUGCGCCAAGCUAUCCAGAGAGAAAACGACCCUCUGCAGAGUCCUGAGCUCUUCAGUCGCAGCACGGGCAGGGCACACCAGAUGAUAAAUGGCUUAGUGCACUACAACACCCACGACAAGAAUGACAGCAGUGUCACUUUGGCCAUGCAGAGAAUCACUCUUAUGGGCCCCAGGCAACAACAGCAACUGCUGACAGCCUUGGAGAAACUUGAAGCUGGACCCAGUUACAACAUUCCUCAGAGUGUCAAAACAGACUGUAACAAGCAGCCGAGAAGGCAGCCCUCAGCAGAGGUCACCCCCGCAUUGUAUGUUACCAUGGAGAUCCUAUCAAACUGGGGAAACGCUCUUCAGGUCGGGCUGACUGAGCUGCAGUUCUUCUGUCCCCGAAACAAGAAACUGUAUGUGUCGCCUCACGACCUCGACAUCAGGAACACUGACUACCCCGGGAAUCUGGGGGCGCUUGUCAAUGGAAAGGUGAAGACCACCAAAGAGCGUCACAUGUGGACAUGUCCAUUCCACCCUCCUAUCCAGCUCUACUUCAUCAUCAGGAACACAGAGCGCUCCCCAGACUUUGGAAUAUCCCAUAUCAAAAUCUGGAACUACAACAGAAGCCUCAGUGAGCUUGACAUUGGUGCACGGCAUAUUAAGCUGUACCUCAACAGCACGUUGGUGUUUGAAGGUGAGCUGGAGAAGGGCUGUGGCAACCAGGUCUUUGACUACAGCACCACGAUUGAUCUUCAGGAUUUCCAGGUCUCAGACUCCUUGUUUUCCAGCCCUGUGUCUUCAGGGCACAGUCUGCGAGGUGUCAGCCCACAACGCCAUGAAAACAGGAAUGGUGGAGAGGGGAGCAGCACCCAGCGACACCACAGCUCCAAUCUGCAGCCAUCAGAUGCAGCAGGUCAGGCUAUGAUAGACAUGCAAGAGAAAUCACAUACACCACUUCCACCAAUUGCUCCUUCACAAGUGGGAGUUUCAUCCUCCUCUCGCCGCUCCUCCACACAAAGAAACUCUUUUGACCUGUCUGCCUCAGAAGAACCCCUCUCUCUCAGGCAGCAGGUGGUGCAGCCAGUACCCAUGGAGCAGACUGUCACCACCCAGCCGUCCUCCUCACGGGUGGCCCCCCAAUGGCUGCAGCCCCUGAGUAGAGGAGCUCCAGAGGGCUGCGAGGCCAGCAGGGAGAGGCCCAGAUGGCUGGUGCCUCAGCAUUCUGCGGAGCCCAAAUCACCAUCAGCAUCAUCUUCUUCCAUGCUCCCGGAGCUGCCUUGUAACCCGGGUCGGGUGUGCAGAGGGAUGGAGAGGACAGUGAAUGGGGGUCAGUGGAAGGCUGACUCUCUGGACCUGAGCUGUGACCUGCUGGAGGAACUCGGGGAGCAAAAGGCAGACAGACCCAUCAGUGGACGCAGGAGCUCAUUCCGAAGCAGCGCAGUUACUGCCAGGCAGACGGAUGAUCAGCACCUCAGAGCGACAGCACUGUCAAACACAGAGGAACCACUGGCAUUGGUGAACACUUGCAGGAGGCAGAGCUCGUCUCGGGCCCAGCUGCACAAUCAGCAGGAUGACACCCUCAUGGAGUCCUGGGACUCCCUCAUUAAAUUCAACCAAUGCCAACGUGGACGCAUCUCCAACAUGGGCUUCGAAGGUGACAUCUUUGAUGAGUUCCUCCAGCGCCAGGGCCGUGGUCCACCCACAGUCCCAGUCAACCCCUCCAUGACACCUAGGAGCUCCCUUUCCGCCUUGACCACUCAGGGGGCUCUGUGUGAAGGCCCUGAUGAUGAUCCAUCCAUGGAGCGGGAAGAUGAGUUUGAAAUCCCGGUGCUGCCACAGGGUCAAAGACUGAUCAUCAACAUCUUGUCCACAUGGGGUGAUCGCCACUACGUGGGACUCAACGGCCUGGAGGUGUUCAGCUCCAGCGGAGAGCCUCUUCGACCUGCUCACAUCCGUGCCGAUCCUCCAGACAUCAACAUUCUCCCUGCAUAUGGUAAAGAUCCACGUGUUGUUACCAACUUGAUUGAUGGCGUUAAUCGCACACAGGAUGACAUGCAUCUCUGGCUAGCCCCCUUCACCACUGGUUGUAGCCACACCAUCUUCCUGGACUUCGGAGCUCCCUACCAAGUGGCCAUGAUCCGUGUAUGGAACUACAACAAGUCACGCAUCCACUCUUUCCGAGGGGUGAAAGAGGUGGAAAUGCUCCUGGAUGGCAGGUGCAUCUUCAGAGGAGAGAUUGCCAAGGCCUCAGGGACCCUGUCUGGAGGUUUGGACCAGUUUGGGGACACUAUCCUGUUCACCACUGAUGAUGACAUCCUGGAGGCUAUGUCUCGUUACGAUGAAACCUUCUUCAGUGAAGAUGAUGGUCCAGAGAGCCUGGUGUAUGAGGAGGAGCUGCAGAGACCACGCACCGCUGAUGGAGAGGGAGAGGAAAGACCCUUCACACAGGCCGGUUUCCGAGAGGAAGACCUCACUUUGAAACUCCACCUCAAUCCCACUGUGAGCCAGUCUGAGGACAACAUGGAACAUAUUCCCGGGAUGUACACCGGAAAGUGCCUUAGAUUAGAGCUGUUGUUGACUUGGGGUGACUCCCACUACAUAGGCCUGACUGGACUGGAGGUGGUGGGGAAAGAGGGAGAGAGUUUACCUUUAGACCUCAGUAUGGUGGCUGCCUCACCCAGGGACCUCAACGACCUGCCUGAGUAUGGACACGAUCUGCGCACAAUUGAUAAACUUAUUGAUGGCAACAACAUUACCACCGAGGACCAGCACAUGUGGUUGAUCCCUUUCUCCUAUGGAGAUCCCCACACCCUGAAUAUUACCUUCAACGAGGCCCAGACCAUCGCUGGACUCCGUAUCUGGAACUACAACAAGUCUCCUGAGGACUCUUACAGAGGGGUGAAGGUGAUCCAUGUGUUCAUGGACGAUGUUGCGAUCUCCCCAACGGAGGGAUUCCUGAUCAGGAAAGGACCGGGCAACUGUCACUUUGACUUUGCACAGGAGAUCCUUUUUGUAGACUUCCUCCAGACGCCCACAGACAACAAGAGUGCUGAAGACUACCAUAAAGGAAGCUCUAAGAAACAAGAGCAGGCCAGCAUGGACUAUGAAGCUCCCAUCAUGCCUUGUGGGUUCAUUUUUCAGCUGCAGCUGUUAACAACCUGGGGAGACCCGUACUACAUCGGUCUCAAUGGCCUCGAGUUUUACGACCAGAACCAUGAGAAAAUCAGUCUCAGUGACAACAACAUCGCUGCUUUCCCAGACAGUGUGAAUGUACUGGACAACGUGAGUGGUGAUGUGAGGACUCCAGAUAAAUUAGUAGAUGGAGUCAACAGUACCCAUGAUGGAAGACAUAUGUGGUUAGCCCCGGUUCUCCCUGGACUGGUGAACCGUGUGUACGUCAUCUUUGAUCAGCCAGUGACGGUGUCCAUGAUCAAACUGUGGAACUACUCGAAGACACCACAGAGAGGAGUGAAGGAGUUUGGGCUGCUGGUGGACGACCUCCUGGUGUAUAAUGGUAUCUUGGACAGUGUAAGCUACGUGGCACGAGGCAUUCUGCCUACCUGUGAUCCAGUGGUGCCCUACCACACCAUCCUGUUCACAGACAAUGCCUACAUCGCACACCGUGAGAGGAAUACUGUUAUCAGCCCCCGCGGCAGCCGACACAGCCAACAUAAUUAUGUGGAGGAUCAGGAUGUGAAGAUGACCAAUGAGAAUCAGAUAGUCCAUCACAACAAGAAGAAGCAGACAGCAGAUCCAGCUCUUCGACCUAAGACCUGCAUGACUGAUGGCGGGAAACAUGGAAAGAGGAGGUACUGACUGACAAAUAAACCGACAGAUGUGGAUUCAGUGUUCAUACAAAGUGAGCAAAACUAAAGGGGAGGAUCUAUGGCUCACUUUUUAAACCACUUUCUUGUGGGUGACUUUAAAAAAGCGCUAUCACAUUAAGACCCAAAUCGGCCACCUAGCCGUGGUUUGGCAGCGGCUCACAUGGUCCACGCUGGAGAGGACAGAGGCUGCACGGAUAACAAUGGGUUUGCGCACGCACACACACACACACACACACACACACACACACACACACACACACACACACAGGACGCCACUUUAUGGUUGGAUUUACUCCCAUUUCCGUUGCUGUGAAAACACACCCAAACAUGCAUAUUAUCUUGGAACAUGUACUAUGUCGUUGCCCCGGUUGUCCAUCCCAGUGCCAGGAUAAACCUGUGAGGCUGCAUUUUUAUCAGCCCUAUUAUUGUGCCUAGUACUAAACACUAUAUCUGUGGCUGCUACUUGUGACUUUUGUGCUGCAUAUUUAAAUGCUGCUUGUGGCGUGUAAAUACUCCAAAAAAAAAAAAAAAAAAAAAAAAAUGUAAAUAAGCUCCAAGGCCACACAAAUACACUCGCAUCAGGAUGUGGCUGAUGUUACAUUUCUUAACGAAUUUUAUCCACUUAUGAGCCUAAACGAUCGGCUCCUUGCCUAAUGGAUAUGAGAACUGACUAACACUCCCACCAGUGCACCAACCAACCAUAAUGCUAUGCAGACACUAAUUUAUAUCUUUCAAUAAUUUCUAUCUGUUGGCUAAUAUAUUUCAAAGCCUAAUGGUUUUACUUGGGGAAGUGCUUCCAAUGUUUUGACCUCUGGAAGAUUUAUAUGGAUGGUUAAAAGUGGUCCGUGAACAAGUACAUUAGUCAGAUUUUUUGUACAUUUCAAGUAAAAUACGAUGAAAACUUCUGAAUAUGUUAGCAAACUCCACACUUGAAUUUUCAGUAUAUAUUUGGCUCUACACAAUUAGGUCAGUUUUAUUUCUGCUUUACAUCAGGUAGAAAAAAACUGGUUUGCAAUCCAAGUGACCUUUUUAUUGAAGUUACUAUAAGGUGUUUUGUUUUUUGGAGGCAAACAUUUCUUGAGCCAGUGAAGCUGUUUUAGUAACUUGGUUUGAAAAAAAAAAAAAAAAAAAUCUACAUUUUCCAGUUUAGAUUUUGAGUUGAUACAGUUACAGGUAACUUCUUAUAUGCAAAUACUAUAAACUUACCUCACAUUGAGAAGAAUAAUCUUUAAAAAGGGAUAAAUAUGCUUCUACUUUCACUAUAAUACUUGGUUGUUGGUGUUAUACUAUUCAUUCAUUCAAUAUUUACUGUGCUAACUUGUUGCAUGGGAAAGGUUCCUCAGCAUUAGUGGUCUUAUAGAUACUUUUUUCUUUGGAGGAGUUUUUACUGCUUCAUUAAGCCCCAAUAUAAACUAUUUCAUACUCCUUACACUUAAUGGGAGUAAUUUUAUCUCAAAUGCAGUUUUAUGUAUUUAAUUUCUGUAUGUCCAACAGCAACAGUAGCCAUUACUCUGUAUCUCAGUCCUGCUCUGUAGGGUGGUGGCUGUUGUAUGUGUAACAUUUAGUGUUUUGAAAUAUUUAAUUAUUUUUCUAAUCUUGAUUAAAUAUGUAUAUUUGAUGUAGUUUUAUUUGACUGAAUAAAAUUUAAAUAAUA